AUGGCAAUUGCAUUCAAAAGAUCAUCAUUAUCCUAAAAAGAAUAAGAAGCAAAAAAUAGAUUUUAUGGAUUACCACCAUAAUAAUCAUCUCCUCCGUAAGUUUUAUGACAUAUAUUAGUACAAAAGACAAACCUUAAAAAGAAUAAAAGAGACCAUCUCAAUCAAAUUAAUAAAAGUUAUAAGUUCCAUAAUAAUAAUAAAAGGAUGGUUUUGAGGCUGCUUAUAAUGCACCAUCAAAUGAAUAAAUAGAUUAAUUUUAUAAGAAUUUGGAGAAUGAUUUUAAAUAAGUUGCUUAAAGUAAUAUUACUAUAUUAAUUAAAUAGAGUAAGUAACAAUGGGAAUGUUGGUAAGUUAACAAGAGUUGAUGAAAUAAUAAUAAGAAAUCUUAAUUCGUAAUCAAUAAUAAAUGCAAUAAUUUACAUAGUAAAAUAAUACUAAUAAUAAUAAUAAUAAUAAGUAGAAUUCAAAUAAUUAAGGAGAAUAAUAAAUGAUGAUGAAUCUCCUAACACCAAUUAAUCAAUAAUUAUAAGAAAUAAAAUAAUUAUAUUAAUAGACAUAAUAAUCUUAAUCUGAAAUUAGAUAAUAAAUGUAAUAAUAAAAUAGUAAUAUUAAUUUUUAAUAAUAUGAUUCACAAAAUAAUCAAUUAAAAUAACUAUUAGAUACAACUCAACAUAAUUUAUAAUUUUUAAGACCAGAAAAUUUAUAGACAUUAUAAAAUUUCACAAACUUUAAUUUAUAAUUAUAUUAGGAUACAAUUAAUAAUUUAUAAAAUUAAAUAUAUGCCUUAUAAAAUGAAACACAAACAAGUGAACAAGAAUUACAUGUUAAGUAUAAAUAAUUAAAUGAUGCACAUAUGGUUAGAAAAAUUUAAAAAGUAUCUUAAUAUGAAGAAGAAACAAUCUAAUAAUUAGAAAAAUAAAUUAAUUCUAUUAAUUUUGAAAAAUCUUAACAAUAUAUCAACUAAAAAUUAGGUGGACAUUUUGAUUAUGAUUAAUUUUCAUAAGACAUUACAGAUUUAACUACUGAAGCAUCUGUUGUAUAUUCCUAAUUUAUAGAUAAAGGAUUAGAUUAUGAAAUGUAUAUUCCAGAAUAUUAAUUUGAUUCUACUGAUUUAGAGGCUCUUAAUAAUAAACCAAGUUCUAUUCUUGAUGAAAUGAAAGCAGCUUUAGGAAUUACUAAUAAACCACCUCCACCAAAACCAAAAUAAAUAUAACAAGUACCUGUAGUUUAACCUAUUCAACCUUUAGGAGAAAUGUAAAAGAAAACAGUAAAACCUAAUCAUUUAGUUAAUUUAUCAACUAAACCAAUUGAACCUCCUAAAGAUAUAAAAUUUGAAAAAUAAUAAACUCCAUAAGAUUAUAAACCUAUAUUUAAAGAACCUCCAAAAUAAUAAUAAUAGUAAUCUGGUUAGAAAAAUUAAAAAUAAAAACCUUUUAAUAUUGAGAAAGCUGAAUACAGAUAAAAACCAAAGUAGUAGAUUGAAGAUGAAUCCAAAAAAUAUGGAGUGAUUGAAUAUUUGUAAAAUGAUUAGUCUUUUGAUGAACCUAAAUAUGAAAUUUCUUAUAAAAAGAAAGAAAAUUAAGAGAUCAAUAAUAAUUAUGAUAAUAAAACAAGAUAAAAAUAAAAUUAAUAGUUAAUUUCUCCAUUAAAAUAUUAAGUUGAAGAAGCUGAAAGAAUUCAAGAAAAUAAUGUUUAAAUAAAUAAACCUCAAGAUUAUAAAGAUAUUUAUAAUUAUCAAGAAGUUAAAUAUAAUUACUAAGAUUAAAUAAAUGAUCCUAAAUUUAUUAAUUAUGACGAUUUAAUCAAUUAAGUAUAAUAAACAAAUAACUUUACUUCUUAAGAAUAAAAAAGUGGAGCUUUAUUAGAGAGACUAGGAAUGAAAUAAGAAAAUCCAAAAAAUGAAUUUGAAUUGAUAGAACUCUUAUCUAGAGAUAUUGUUAAAGAUAAAUUAGUUUAAUAAAAAUAAUUAAAUGUUUAAGCAUAAGAUAUGAUUAAUAAAGAGAAAAUUCUAAAAAAUCAAUCUAUUCAAAUUUAACCAGAUUAACCAAACUUAUAAGAUUAAAUAGCUAUGGGAGCCUAAGCAUUUUUCUAAGGUCUUUUGACUGCAUUUAAUUAAACUUUAAAUUAAGUUAAUGACGGAAUUUCAGGAAAUGCUGCUUAAUAAGCAAGAUAAUUAAUAAAGAUCUAAUAACAACUUGAAUCAAGUGAAUACACAGAUACUGAAGAAGAAGAAGCAAGAUAAAAUUAAGAAUACCAUUAAAAACAAGAGAAAUUAUUAGAUAAUUAGAUUUAAGGAUCUAAAUAAAAACCAAAUAGACCAGCUCCUUUUUAAAAUACAUAAGUUUUAUAAUAAUAUACUUUUGCAUCAACUUUCUCUUAAUAAUAAUAAAAUUAAUAAUAAUUAUAAUAACAACCUAAAGAAGUAGGAUAAAAAGGUGUAAAUGAUAUGAAAAAUUAUCUAAAUUAAUUUGCUUUAAGUGAUAACUCUUAACUUACUUAAAAUAAAAGUGGUUCUUCUUACGCAGGUAGUAUAUUUAAAUUAGAUGAUUCAUAUGGUCAUAAAAGUGAAGGAUAAGUAUCUAUAAAUGAAGGGAAAGGAAAUAAGGUAAUAUAUAAUUUAAUAAUUAUUAGAGAGGUUAAGUUACCAAAGAUAUAUUUAAAGACUUAAAUUAAGAUCUUUCAGAUAGCGAUGUUCCUUAACAUAGAUAAAAAUUUUAAUGA